UCUCGCAGUGACAAGUCAGGCCAUCCAACAUCAAUCUCCCACUUUUGGUCACGCUCGAAACUCACGUCUGCACUCACACAGCCAGCGACCGACUGACGAUCAUCAGCACACUUCAACAUGGGUAACGGAGCCAAGGCACAGCAGAAGCGCGACCGAAAGGGCGACUCGGGCCCCAAAGAAGCAAAGAGCCAACUGAAGGCCAACGCCGCUGCCCAAACCAUCAAGUGCAAGACGUGCUUCCAGACCUUCCAGGGCACCACUAGCCGCAAGAUGCUGACGGACCACGCUUCCAACAAACACAGCAAAGACUUUGGCGACUGCUUCAACGCUGACGAGGGUGUUGUGAAAUAAGCGGGCUGCCUUCCGGCCGACCGAACGGACUCACGAGUAAAAGAGAACGAUCCAGCAAAUUGUGCCAUUUAAAAAUGCAUGAGAUACCAUAAGCGAGGAGUGUGGAGUUGAAGAGGGGACGAGCAUCUAUAGUGACUUGAAAGACUUGGCAUACAGGCGUAGGGAGUGGUAUUGAACAACGUUAUAUUUUGAUUAUCUUGUUCGUGUGGUUCUGACGUGGUACUUGUAUAUGGUGACCAGGUUUCUCUCAUUUGAAAAUGCCAAGUCUAGAUUGAACAGCACCAGGCGCUAGAUGAUGAAUAGAGAUGCGAAAGAGCAAUACCACCCCCUCAUCAAAAGAAAUCGAACAGUACUAGCCCGAAUACAGUUAGAGACUGCUCGAUUUCUUUUGAGGAGGUGGUGAUACUUGACGCUUACACACACUACUUGGAAUACACAAGGGUUAC